UGGGAAGAGUUUAAAAGAUUCCGAAAAGAGUUUGGAAAGUUGUCAGGAAGGUUUUUCACAGCUGCCCCGAGCGGAACCGCGGCUAAUUAAACAGGUUUAUCCGAAGAAGGAGAGACUAGCUCCGGGUUUCCUGAGGACUUCCGCGCUGCGUGUCCCUGCCUCGGACAGAGCACCGCAACCUGGUUUCUCCAUUUCUUUCUAACGCUGCCAUCACAAACGCUCUCUGCAGGAUGACAACAUAUUUCAGGAGCGGCCCGGCCUUUGGACUUUCUGCUGAGGUUAAGAGUAAGCUGGCUGGGAAGUAUGACCCUCACAAGGAAGAAGAGCUGAGGCUGUGGAUUGAGGACGUGACCGGCAAACGAAUCGGAGAUAACUUCAUGGACAGUCUGAAGGAUGGAGUCCUGUUGUGCGAGCUCAUUAAUAUUCUACAGCCAGGCUCUGUGAGGAAGAUCAACAACUCCAGUCAGAACUGGCACAAGCUGGAAAACAUAGGGAACUUUGUUCGUGCCAUCACGGAUUACGGCCUGAAGCCACACGACAUCUUUGAGGCAAACGACCUGUUUGAAAACGUCAACCACACACAGGUCCAGUCUACGCUCAUCGCCCUGGCUGGAAUGGCCAAAUCUAAAGGUUUCCAUUCAAAGUACGAUCUAGGAGUAAAGUACGCCGAGAAGCAGCAGCGACAUUUUGCUCCAGAGAAGCUCAUGGAAGGUCGGAACAUCAUAGGACUGCAGAUGGGCACCAACAAGCUGGCCAGCCAGAAGGGCAUGACCUCUUAUGGUACACGGCGUCAUCUGUACGACGCUAAGAUUGCCAUGGACGCCCCGAUGGACCAGUCCACCAUCAGCCUACAAAUGGGAACCAAUAAGGGAGCCAGCCAGGCCGGCAUGAUGGCACCAGGAACCAGGCGGCACAUCUUCGACAAGAAGCUGCAGCUGGAGAAAUGCGACACCUCCACCAUCUCUCUGCAGAUGGGCACCAACAAAGUGGCCUCCCAGCAGGGCAUGACCACCUACGGCCUGCCGCGGCAGGUCUACGACACCAAAUACUGCGCCAACCCCAUGGAGACCUACUACAACAACGGGAGCGAGGAGGUGGAGUACGACGGCUACAACCAGUACUCUGACUAACCAGUACUCUGCCCCCCCCCCCGCCUUUGCUUUAACGUCCGACAACCCUCCACAGCUGUCUCUGCGACGGGCAAAGCUUCCAGACUGCUAUUUGACUCUGAAUGACGUCAUUCAUUGCCAGUCGUUUUCUAAACCUCUUUUUACUCCUAACAAUUUUAUAUUUUUGCUUUUUCUUGAGCACGAGAAAGAAUAUUGUUUACACUGGCCUUGAGUUGAAAGUGUUUAUGCUGUGGCCAACUUCUGUUGCCCUGGUUAUUGAUCUUAUUGGUAGAAAAUAUCCAAGCAGCACAGAGACGGAGAUGUAUUGAUCUUUGCUAUUUAUAGAUUUUUUUUUAUUGCUUUUAUCGCUGUUAUCAAAGAUUUUAACUCUUGACAUCCCUGACAGUUAAUUGCUACCUUUCCGUACUUGUUUAGGCACCAAAUAGAACCUGAAAAUUGUUGAACUUUAGCCCAAGUCCACAUUAGAUCUCUUCUAAACAGGUUUUCUGUCUCCUACAGUUCACUGCUUUCACAAAGGAACACCUCUGUGUCGAGUUAUGUAGUUAAAGGUUUGGUAUAUUGCACCCAAGUCCACUUAAGGAGCCCUUUUUUUUCUUUUUUAGGCUGUUUUUUUAUUUCAUUUUUGCUUUUUUUCAUGGUGGAAGCCGACAUUAGUGCUGUUGCUUUACGAGCACUUAGCAUUUACCAGGGAAUGCUACUAUCUACAUGUAUUAGGAUGCCUUUUUUUUUGCUAAUAUCCAGAACAUCGAAUUUAUAUUAACCAGCAAUUUCAUUACAAAGUAGAAUUGUAAGUAAUUUCUAAAGGAUUUAAUUGAAGCAGUCUUUCUGCAGACGUAGGAGAAUCUCUAAUUUUAACGUUCUCAAAUUAAGGGUCUGAGUGUGAAUAGCAGCAGAUCCAAAGCUACUAGUUUACUCUUUAUAAUGGAAAAUAAGGCUAAAGAAAUUAGAACUGUGAUUUUUUUUUUUUUAACAACUCUUCCUGAUCAUUAAUCAUCACUUAAUUGUAGGUUAAAUAUGCCACUUGCUCUUAUGGGAUUUAUUACCCAAUCAACUGUGAUUGAGAACAGCUGUUCUACAGGUUAAAAGGCUGUGGAUACAAACAGCUACCACUGUGUGACUAUUAGAAGUGCGCCAUCUAGUGUUCAUUGCAUGUAUUUACUGUAUCAUCACUCCCAAGUUGUCUUUGCUUCAAAUUGUAGUGAAUUUCAGUGUAAUUAUAACUAUUUUUUUUUAUGUGGAUUAAACUAAAUAUUUCUUCUAAUAACAACAGCACUGAUGUGGACUUAUUAAACAGACAAAUUUUAAAUAAAAAUGUUUAUUUUAAUGUUUUUUUUUCCUCCCCCUCCAAAUUUUAGGCUAACCUGUCCCCUUCUACACCCUGUCAGCCUUUCACUAAAUGGCAUUUGUGCAAUAAAAACACUUGAAAACAGCA